AUGACUUCAGUUCCUGAAACAAGUACUAAUUCUACUCUCCCAAUCACAAGUAGUCUUUUAACGUUAGGUGUUCCUGAAACAACUACUAUUUCAGCUUUAGUUCCUGAAAAAAGUAGUACAGUUACCACAGCUUCAGAUCCUGAAACAAGUAUAACAACGACGUCAAUUCCUGAAACAAGUACUACUUCAGAAACUACUCCAGUUACAACAACUUUAGUUUCUGAAACAAGUAGUACUUCAGUUACCAGAACUUCAGUUCCUGAGACAAGUAUCAUUUCAGAUACCACAACGACUUCAGUUCCUGAAACAACUGCUACUUCGGCUCCCACAACGACUGCAGUUCCUGAAACAACUGCUACUUCGGCUCCCACAACGACUGCAGUUCCUGAAACAACUGCUACUUCGGUUCCUACAACGACUUCAGUUCCUGAAACAAGUACUACUUCGGUUCCCACAACGACUGCAGUUCCUGAAACGAGUACUACUUCGGUUCCCACAACGACUUCAGUUCCUGAAACAACUGCUACUUCGGUUCCUACAACGACUUCAGUUCCUGAAACAAGUACUACUUCAGCUCCUACAACGACUUCAGUUCCUGAAACAACUGCUACUUCGGUUCCUACAACGACUUCAGUUCCUGAAACAAGUACUACUUCGGUUCCCACAACGACUGCAGUUCCUGAAACGAGUACUACUUCGGUUCCCACAACGACUUCAGUUCCUGAAACAACUGCUACUUCGGUUCCUACAACGACUUCAGUUCCUGAAACAACUGCUACUUCAGCUCCUACAACGACUUCGGUUCCUGAAACAACUGCUACUUCGGUUCCUACAACGACUUCAGUUCCUGAAACAACUGCUACUUCGGUUCCUACAACGACUUCAGUUCCUGAAACAAGUACUACUUCAGCUCCUACAACGACUUCAGUUCCUGAAACAACUGCUACUUCGGUUCCUACAACGACUUCAGUUCCUGAAACAAGUACUACUUCAGCUCCUACAACGACUUCAGUUCCUGAAACAACUGCUACAUCGGUUCCCACAACGACUUCAGUUCCUGAAACAAGUACUACUUCAGCUCCCACCACGACUUCAUUUGCUGAAACAAGUACUGUUAUGAUUCCCAGAACGACUUCAGCUCCUGAAACAAGUAUUUCUUUAGCUUUUACAACAACUUCAGGCCCUGCCACAAGUACUACUUCAGCUCCCCUAACCACUAUUACUCUCCCUACCGAAACAACUUCAGCCGAACCAACAGGAAAUGCUUCAGUUACGAGCACGACUAUAGUGCCAAUAUUUACUACAACUACAGCUACGACUUCCAGUACAGGUUGUGUAUUCGACGGGGCUUCUUACGAGGAAGGAGAGACAAUCCCUGAUCAGUGUUUCACUGUUACGUGCAAGGAUGGACAGUGGGCAGACCAAGGACUUAAUAAAGAGGAGUGCCACGAGUGUUCGAUAUUCAUGGAUCCUCAUAUUUGGACAUUUGACCGUGAAAUGCACACGUUGACCACAAUUUGCAACUACUCCCUUGUUCAAAUGGGUCUUAGUCACAAUCCGGACUUCGCUGUUUACACACAGUUCGAGUCGUGCUUCGCACCCGGUUCUUGCCUCUCAUCCAUUACCUUCAUGGACAAUGGGAACACAUCAAUAUCAAGUGAAGUUUACGGCUGGACGGGUAAUAAUAUGAUUGAUGUGAACGGCGCGGAGUACUCUCUCCUGGACUACCCGACUCCCGUGACUUCAGACAGCACCCAGUUCCCUGUCCUGGCGUGGAGCAAAACCUCGAAAAUUCGCCUCUUCGGGUCCAGCAAAGUUGCAAAGCGUGUAGAAGUUUAG